AUGGACUGCUCAGAUGCGUUAGGCCUCUCAACCAAUCAAAUCGCAGAUGACUCGUUAUCUGCCACCACCUGGCAGCCUGGCAGAAGUGAUCCUUGGUAUGGCCGGUUAAACAACCAAUCACGACGCAGCUGGUGUGCAACUGUCGUUGAUGAUAUUCAGUAUCUUCAGAUUGAUUUGGGUCCCAAACUGAGAUUAAUAACUGCGGUGGCCAGCCAAGGAAGUCAUAACUAUGACGAAUGGGUGACUAGUUAUAAACUCUCCUACAGCACAGAUGGCGGGAAAUGGAAAGUCUUUGGAAAAGGCGACAUACCGGAGAUAUUCGAUGCAAAUAAAAAUCGCGGAACUGAAGUAAAGCACCAAAUAGAUCCGCCCAUCACAGCUGUGGCCUUACGCUUCCACCCAGUGACAUGGGAGGGUGAUAUGUGCAUGAGGGUAGAAGCAUUUGGAUGCGAUGCUUAUUCAGAAGCGUUAGGGGUGGAAAAUGGUAGCACCAUUCAGGAUAAAUAUCUGACUGCGUCUCAUCAUAAGAACUCUUUCGAAGCACGUAAAGGAAGACUUCAUAACUUAGAGAACGCAUGGUCAGCUUAUCCAAGAGUGGGAACGUUCUUGGAAAUCUCCGUUGGAAGACAUCUGAGCAUUAUUACUGCUGUAGCCACACAGGGUGUAAAGAAUGAAUAUCACGAAUCCUGGGUACUAAACUACAAAUUGAGUUACAGCUUAUGGGGAGACGAGUGGAUGGAAUACAUUGACGACGGCGAAGUCAAGGUAUUUCGUGGUAACAACGAUCACAGCACAGUAGUAAAGAAUUACCUCCGACACAAUAUAACAGCCUUACGUAUUCGUUUUUGGCCAGAAACAUAUUAUAUUCGUCCUGCAUUGAGAGUCGAGUUGUACGGCAGUAAAGAUGUUUGCCAAAACCCUCUUGGCGUGGAGAGCGGCGACAUAUCCAAUGUACAGUUUACUGCAUCAAGUCGUGCACCAGUUGAGAGUGAUGCAUGGAAUGGUCGCUUAAACAACGGGAAGGCCUGGUGCGCGGGAAAUAAUGACGAUAAACAGUAUCUUCAAGUAGAUUUAGGAAGAAUUCUUACGGUAGCGCGAGUCGCCACCCAGGGUCAUCCUGACAAUCUACAGUGGGUGACUCGUUAUAAAGUGGCUUACAGUAUGGAUGGAAUAUUUUGGAGGAAUGCUCUUGACGAAAGCAAGUCAAAGACCCUGAGUGGUAAUACAGAUCACAGCACAGUGAAGGAAGUCCCAUUCUACAAACAUGUAACAGGCAGAUUCGUGAGGUUCCUUCCUGUGGAGUGGAAUAAUGCAAUCUGCAUGAGAGUAGAGGUUUACGGUUGUGAAGAAUGCGCCUAUCCGGUUGGUAUUGAGCGUGGAGUAGUACCAAAUGAAGCCUUUUCAGCCUCAUCAUGGUACGACGUGGACCAUGAGCCUUGGCUGGCAAGGCUCUAUAGUAGAGAAGGCGAGGGAGCCUGGUGUGCACUGGAAAAUGAUGGGACCCAGUACUUACAAAUCGAUCUAGCUCAAAUACAUAUCAUAACAGGCGUAGCUACUCAAGGAAAGUACGAAAUAUCAGAAUGGGCGAUUCGUUUCAGAGCUUGGGUAACAAACUUCAGCUUAUCUUUCACCGACGAUCAUAUGCUUUGGGUUAACUACACUGAGGAUGGAGUCUCUCCGAAGGUCUUUGAUGGGAAUUCACAAAGGAAUCAAGUUAUCCGACAUACGCUUUUAAAAAGAAUAACUUCUCGACAUCUAAGGUUUCUUCCAGUCACAUGGUUUGGAUGGACAUGCAUGCGGGUCGAAGUUUUUGGAUGCAGAGCUUGCUCUUCUGCUCUUGGAAUGGAGGAUUUUCACCUGCCGUAUGAAUCGAUUCUGGUUUCAUCAGUUCAGUCUGGACUUUACGCUGCAAGAGCCAGAAUUUUUAAUUCAUACACAUGGCUUCGAGGCUAUAAUGAUAAGAACUCUUUUCUCCAAAUUGGAAACGGCAUAGAUGAAUACCUCUUUACUGCAAUUGCAACUCAAGGCCAUUUGACUAUGAGGUCAGCCGUGGUCAAGUUCCAAUUGUCUUUUUCCAGAGAUGGUUUACACUGGUUUUACUACAGAGAGAAUGGCGACAUCAAGGUAAAAACGUUUUUAUUCAUUUAUGAAUUUUAG